AUGUGGCUGGUUUGUGAUAACGAAGCUGAAGGUGUCCUGGUUAGGCCCAGCAUCAAUGCUCAACAGGAAUCUGAUAACCUCCACGUUUGCAGUUGUGGCCGUUGCUUCCUUCGUGGUUCCUGGCAUGGGUUAAUGGACGAUGACUGCAUUCCGUUCUCCGCAAUUCAGUUCCAUCGGAUCGGCUUGCUCUGUUUGGCAGUUGGCAUCCCAUUGGCAGUCGCCGCAGCUGGUGGAAUUGCAGCCACCGUUGCAGGCGUUGCAUCUGCAGCUGCGAAUGCGGCCCCAAUUUCGCCCCCCUCUUCCUCUGGCGUCCUCAGCGUCACCCCCCUCCCUGCGGCCACGCCCGUCACGGCAGCAGUGGCUGCCGCACUGGGGAGCGCCAUCUUGGCGGGAGACAUCAACGCCGCCGCGCAGGUGUUCAUCGACUCUGACGACAUCGCGGGGCUGGUGUUGGGCCUGCAGAUCCCGCCAGGCGUCAGCGGGGCACCGAGUGGCGACCGGAACUCCAAUGGUGACGUCGUUGCUAUCAAGGCCGUGGCUUUGGCGGUGUUGUCCGCGCCUGGUCUGGAGGGAAAGCUCACGGAAGUUCUUUUCCGUGCUGCGAUUCUUCCGUCCCAGGAAGCGGGAACGGCGGGCCUAACGUUGGAAGUCGAGUCAACCAUUGAUAACAUAUUUGCGAACUUGUCGAAUGUGGACCUGCUACAACGGAUCCUCAAUGGGAAUGCCAAUACGACUUUCCGCAAACGCCUUCGCCAACUGCUCUGCGUCGACUGCUCAGACUCCAGGAGCUGGGUGUGCUCGGCCUGCUGGCCUGCGGAGUUUUGCGUCGCAUUUUGGUUCUGCGAGGACCUGAUAAACGGGCCGCGGUUGGUUCCCUCUUCCAGCUUCGAAGUUACGACCACACCGUUGUGA